GCGACCGCGACGAGACGCGACCCGAGCAACCCCAAAGCGCAGCAGCUGACAAAGAGACGCGGGGGGAAAGAAAAGAGAGUAGACACAGACACACCCACGCGCGCCACGCGAACGCGAGGGAGGGAGGGAGGGAGCGCGCGCGCGCUUCCGUUCCGCGGCGAUUCGGUCGUCCGCCGGUUUUUGCUUGCUUCUCUACUUUGCUUCCCGACGAAGUACGUCGGCAACCGCGGUGCGUCGGCGUCGCUCUGAAACGAGGAGGAGUGGAGUGGAGGCGACCUGCCGCGGCGCGCGUGCCCCAGGCUCACCGCCUUGCAGUUGCAGAUCUCGCAUGCGCGGGCGGGGUGGCCGACGGCUGAGGAGGAGGAGGAGGAGAGGGGAGAGGGCGGCGUAGGUGGGCGGGCGGGCGGCGGGCAUGGGCGUGGCGCGGCUGGGGAGAUGGGUGGAGGGGAUGUCGGCGGACAACGUCAAGGGGCUGCUGCUGGCGCUCUCCUCCAGCCUCUUCAUCGGCGCCAGCUUCAUCGUCAAGAAGAAGGGCCUCAAGAAGGCCGGCGCCUCCGGCGUCCGCGCAGGUGUUGGUGGUUACUCUUACUUGCUUGAGCCACUGUGGUGGGCAGGGAUGACAGCAAUGAUUGUUGGGGAAAUCGCUAACUUCGCGGCUUAUGCUUUUGCUCCUGCUAUCUUGGUCACUCCACUUGGUGCACUUAGCAUAAUUAUCAGUGCCGUUCUUGCACACAUUAUUUUGAGGGAGAAGCUACACAUAUUUGGUAUACUUGGGUGUAUUCUUUGUGUUGUUGGUUCGACAACUAUUGUGCUUCAUGCCCCUCCAGAGCGUCAAAUUGAGUCCGUGGCAGAAGUAUGGGAUCUUGCUACUGAACCAGCAUUCCUACUGUAUGCAGCCAUUGUGCUUGCAGCAGCUUUUGUGCUCAUAUUCCAUUUUGUCCCACAGUAUGGUCAGACCCAUAUCAUGGUGUAUAUUGGUGUUUGUUCUCUUGUGGGAUCCUUAUCGGUCAUGAGUGUCAAAGCUCUUGGGAUAGCCUUGAAGCUGACAUUUUCAGGGAUGAACCAGCUUGUUUAUCCACAGACAUGGGUGUUCUUACUUGUUGUAGUUACAUGCAUAGUAACACAAAUGAACUAUCUGAACAAGUCCCUUGACACGUUCAACACCGCAGUAGUUUCGCCCAUAUAUUAUACGAUGUUUACAUCCUUGACCAUUUUGGCCAGUGUAAUCAUGUUCAAGGAUUGGGAUCGUCAAGAUCCAACGCAAAUUGUCACAGAGAUGUGUGGUUUUGUUACUAUCCUUUCUGGGACAUUUCUUCUUCACAAGACGAAGGAUAUGGUGGAUGGUCUCCCAACGAACUUACCUAUCCGACUGCCUAAACAUGCGGAGGAAGAUGGUUUUGCUGGUGAAGGAAUUCCCCUCAGAUCUGCUGCUGAUGGCAUUCCACUCAGGUCACCAAGAUCUACAGAAUCGUUUCGCUCAACAUUAUGACCUGCUAAUGCUUGCAACCGUGCUUCAAGGGUUUAUACCAGCCACCAACUUCAACGCUCCUAAACGUGGAAAGGGAAGAAUCUCCAUUCUUGCAUUGGAUACACCCCCAUAGGUUGACUGUAGGAUUUAAGGUAACAGCCUAGCUCCCCUUGUAAUUUUGGAGACACCAGUACAGAAUUUUUGGUGUUACAACACCAGCUAUACAUCUUUGGGUAAGAUUAACCAGAAUGGCCAAAGAAUCCAAGUUCUGAACUGUAAAUCGCAGUGAGCCGUAGAAGCCACUAUCUGGAACUGCUGUAUUCUUUCAAAUACAAUAGGCAAAUAGCUCACUCAUAAUACACAAGAGGUUGAAAGAGCACUUGCUGUUGGUAACCAUCCGGUUCCUGAUUUAUUCAUGAGAAACCAGAUUUGCUGCCAAGAGCAGAACAUCACAGCACAAAA